CAAACCGCUCGCUCAUUCUGGCGCGAGCAGCAAUUGCUGAGAAGCGAGGGCUCUCACGAGAGAAGCCUUCCCUUUCGUGCCCGCGUCGUUAGGUUCCUUCAUGGCUUUCGCCCCGUGUGACCCCGUUGACCGAGUCAAGCACAGCCUCAGCAACAGCGUCGCAGGGGUAAGCCACCAGCAAGAGAAACGACUCAUGGAAUGGCAUCAGAAUGACUUUUUUCAUGCCUGCCUGUCCUGUCAGGACCAUGACUUGGCCUCGUGGAAGCAGCCGGCAUGGUGGCUGACGGCCGGCUCGCCAGACACUGUCGGGGACUUCGGACCGAAGGACCGCGGCAUCAGGCCGCCGCCCUCAACCCCUGUGUGAGCAAAAAAUUCCGUUCACACGAGAUGAGCUGGAUGGUGUCCUUCACUCUCUGCUGCAUCGAUGUGUGUGUGGUGUGUGGUGUUGUGACAGGACUGGCGUGCCGCUUAGGCAUCGCUAUCGGCAGCUGUAUCUGUCGGACCAGGAGGACUUCAGGCGGCGCAUGAUGGAGCAGCUCGAGCAGGAGCGCAUGCGUCACGAGAUGACGUUCUCCCCCAGCUCCCCUCUCACCAACACCAGCAGCAGCAACAGCAGCGGCGGCGACGGCGUCAGCCUCCCCGACUCAGACGCCUACCCGCCCCCCCUCCACUUGGCCCCCUCCCCUUUCUACUUCAGCGCACAGCCCAGCCCGCAGAUGUCCUUCAUCCCCGCCACCAGCUACUCCUACAUCCCCCUGCAGUACAAGACCGACCCCCUAAGCUACUCGAGCUCCCGCAUGCCCCACACCAUGUCGGUCCCAAUGACGAUGCGUGCCGGUGCGAGGGACAGUGGGGCCGGUGAGGAGAGAGAUAAGGGUGAGGAUGAGCCGACGCAGGCCGUGGACCUGCCGGACAGGGGAGGUGGGGAGACCACUAGGGAGGAGGGCUCCGAGGCUACCGAGGAGUCGGCGGGGUCUGACUGACUGACUGACUGACUGACUGGGUGGACGGGGUAGCGAGAUAGACGGAUGGAUGGAUGGGUAGAUAGCGGGAAGCUGCAAGAGGACAGAAGUGACGGACGGAGCUCUGUGUUGAUACGGGUGGCUGGGUGGAUUGACCCUUGGCCUGCUGUGAAGGUCUCGAACCAACCCACAUUUUCUCCGCCGGAACACUCACUGAGCCAUAUGCACAGCCCACCACACUGUUCUUCGUUCAUCGUGGAUGGAUUGAGGGAUGUAUGUAAGUGGAUGUAAUAGCGAGAGUCACACAC